CGCGUCGCGCCGCCCCUCAUUCCCCGGGAUUCCCUUCGCCGGCCGCGGGCCCAUCUUGCCUCGGGGCGUUCCAACGCCGGGCCGCCUUUCCUUAGCUGCCGCUUUACAGGCUGCGCGGACAGUGCCCUGCCGAGCAGCCUCCCUUGGAAUCAAUUCAGGAACCAUUUCUUGGGUGUCAUCACUGUAAUACCAACUACUUGGGAAGCUGAGACAAGAGGAUCACAAGUUUAAGGCCAGCCUGGGAAAGAAUGCCAGAACGGGAUACCAUGAGACAAACAGAAAACAACGAUCCAAUGGAUGUCGAGGAGACUCAAGAAAAAACUCAUUCACCCACAUCCCAAACUGAUUAUUUUGACUGGAGCAUAUAUUUGCAAGAGACUGGAUCUCUAAGUGCCCCUUCAAAGUGCUUCAGACAGUCUGAGAUUCCUCCUGCUAAUGACUUCAAAGUUGGCAUGAAAUUAGAAGCCUAUGACCCUCGCAAUGCUACUUCAGUAUGUAUUGCCACAGUUAUUGGAACUUCUGGGGCCAGAUUACAUUUACGGCUGGAUGGUAGUGACAGUAGUAAUGAUUUUUGGAGACUUGUUGACUCAUCAGAGAUACAGCCUGUUGGAACAUGUGAAAAGCGAGGAAACUUACUUCAGCCUCCACUGGGGUACCAGAUGAGUGUAUCAUCUUGGCCAGUGUUCCUUUUCCGAACACUAAAUAGAUCUGAGCUGGCACCUGCAGCAUUCUUCAAGAAGGAACCACCAAAGCCACCCCUAAAUAAUUUUAAAGUGGGGAUGAAACUGGAAGCUACUGACAGAAAGAACCCAUAUUUCAUCUGCCCAGCAACAAUUGCAGAUGUUAAAGGAGAUGAAGUUUACAUCACGUUUGAUGGCUGGAGUGGAGCAUUUGAUUAUUGGUGCAAGUAUGAUUCUAGAGAAAUUUUCCCAGUUGGAUGGUGUUGCCUGACAGGAGAUGUAUUACAACCACCAGGGAAUAAGGUUCCUAUUGCAAAGAAUAAAGAAAAAAUAGAAUCUUCCACUUCUGACGCAAACCAGCCUUCAAUGCAGUCUUCACAGGAAACUGCUGUAAUACUGCCAACUCAACCGAUCAGGAAAUCGGCUCGAAUUAAACCAUCUGGAUCUUCUUCAGCCCCUAAGAAGGGCAGUACUUUUAAAAAUAUCACAGCAAAGAAAAAAGGUCAAAGCUCAGGAAGAAAGGAAAAAGCUAUUCCUGUUUUGUGUUCUACAUCUACAACUUCUCUAAGAACACUGGCAAGAAUUUCACAUGAUAAGAAUGUCAAUCCUGCUCCAUCUAAAAUAGUGAUGUCCACAGUCUGUGUUUAUAUAAACAAACAUGGAAACACUGGCCCUCACCUAGACCCAAGGAGAAUUCAACAGCUACCUGAUCACUUUGGCCCAGGCCCUGUAAAUGUGGUACUCCGGCGGACUGUGCAAGCCUGUGUGGAUUGUGCCUUUGACGCAAAAACUGUUUUUGGAUUUCUUAAGCCAGAUAAUCGUGGAGGAGAAAUGAUAACUGCCUCUUUUGAUGGGGAAGUUCAUUCCAUCCAGCUGCCUCCAGUGAAUAGUGCAUCCUUUGCUCUUCGCUUUCUUGAGACUUUGUGCCAUAGCCUGCAGUGUGAUAAUCUUUUGAGUAGCCAACCUUUCAGUGGUUACAGGGGUAAUACUCAAAGCCCUGUAGAACAUGAUAAACCUGUCUCAGUGAAAGAAGAAGAAAUACCAGAAAAUGAAAGCAUCAAACGAUCUCCUGAAGAACCUAUACCUUGUGCCAUCCCUGUCUCUCCUAAACAGCCCAAAACAAUGAUGCAUGUUUGGAAAGAAGAAGAACCAUUGUCUCCUGAAGAAAAAGACAAGUUCAAAGAAGAGGAGCUUGAAAAAUUGAAGAAUACAACAUUAAGUUUAGGAGAUCCUUUGGUUCCUGUCUAUAGUAAUUUUACACUUACUUCAGUCCAUACAGAUUUUUCUGAAAAUGAGCCAGGCACCUCAAAUUCAACAUUAGUGGAGACCAAAUCAUCUACCAUGAGCAGUUACUGUGAAGCUAAAUUCCAAAUGCAGAGGAAAGCUGAAGCUCCAGGUUACAUAGCUGUACGUGACUCCAUUGUCCUGAAACAAGGCUUCUCUAAGGACCCUUCAACCUGGUCUGUGGAUGAAGUGAUACAGUUUGUGAAAUAUACAGAUCCUCAGAUAGCAGGCCCCCUCGCUGACCUCUUCAGACAACAUGAGAUUGAUGGGAAAGCUCUGCUUCUACUUAAGAGUGAUGUGAUGAUGAAGUAUAUGGGGCUGAAGCUGGGACCAGCAAUAAAGCUAUGUUACUACAUUGAAAAGCUUAAAGAAGGAAAAUAUAAUUGAAAAAAUACCAGUUCAGAUUGGACAUAAUUCUCAGGUAGACUGUUAACAUUUUAAUUUAAAAGAAGUUUUCUUAGCAGUUUUUGUUUCAUAGAAGAUUCCUAUAAAACUGGUUUGUCAGAAUUGCUGAAUUACAUUAACAGUCCAGUCUUACUUUUUUUUUUUUUGGUACCGGGGAUUGAAUUCGGGUCCUUGCACUUGCAAGGCAGGCCGCCGAACCGCUGAGCUAAAUCCCUGGGCCAUCAGUCUUACUUCUUGAAAGGCCAUUUAACAUGUUAGUAUUAGCAUACUCAAAUUAGCAGUUCAUUUGUAUCUUAUUAUUUUCAUUGUAUAUUUGACAAAUAUACUUCAUGCAGUAAGCGGAAAAACUUUUGAUUUGGAUUAAUCUUUAUAUUUAGAACCAAAACAGCUAAAUCCCAAAGAGGAAAACAUUGGAGAUUUAACAACUUCUGUAAUUCAAUCCUUGAGAAUUUUUCCUCAGAAGAAAAUGUAAAGAUGUACCUGU